AUGCUGGGAUUGGCUCGUCGUACUCAUUCGAAGAUUUUAUUUGCUUCAACUUCUGAAGUGUAUGGAGAUCCCGAAGUUCAUCCUCAACCUGAAUCAUACUGGGGUCAUGUGAAUCCUAUUGGACCAAGAGCUUGUUAUGAUGAAAGUAAACGACUUGGUGAAACUAUGACUUAUGCUUAUGCAAGAUAUUUGAACUUGCCAGUUAGAGUUGCUCGCAUUUUUAAUACUUAUGGACCGAGAAUGCAAAUCAACGAUGGUCGAGUGGUUACCAACUUCAUUACACAAGCGCUGAAUAAUGAAUCCAUUACGGUUUAUGGUACUGGUCAACAGACACGUUCAUUUCAGUUUAUCAGUGAUUUAAUAGAGGGUCUUGUACGUUUAAUGGAAUCCAACUACACACUGCCGGUUAAUUUAGGGAAUCCAGUUGAAUUCACAGUGAAUGAACUAGCCAGUAUAGUGAAGAAUUUCACCGGCAGCUCAAGUGAAGUAAUUUACCAGCCAUCGCCUAUUGAUGAUCCACAACGUAGACAGCCAGAUAUCAGUACAGCUAUGAAAUAUUUAGAUUGGAAACCAGUUGUCAGCUUACAAGAAGGUUUACGUAGAACUCUGGUUUACUUUAAAGACAUUUUACGGCCUUCUGAUUAUGGUGUUAACUAG